AUGUUUGAAGAGUAUUUGCAGGGGAAAGCCCUUCGACGGCUGGCGAGGUUCAGUUGUUCGCUGGCCUUUCUGAUCGAAGGCUAUCAAGCUGGUAUCCUCGGUGGUGUUCAAGAUACCAAACCCUACCUUGAUGCCCUUGGAAACCCCACCGGCGCAGAAACCAUCCCCAUGAUAGCAUCCUCAUACACCCUCGCUGCAGCCAUCAUGUCACUGAUCGUCGUGGUGGUGGGCAUGCCUCUUGGACGGCAGAAAUCGAUUCUCCUGGGUAAUGUGUUGAUCUUCAUCGGGGGAAUCAUCCAGGCUGCAUCGUUUUCUGUACCGCAGAUUAUUGUUGCCAGGGUUAUUUGUGGCUUUGGAAUUGCGUUGAUUACAUGCAACGUGCCUAUGUAUAUGUCCGAAAUGAGUCUCCACGCGACCGAACGAGGCCCUGAAGUCGCCAUCAACUGUUCGUCAUUACUAGCCGGCGUGGCCUUGUCGUAUUGGGUUGACUUUGGCUUCACUCGUAUGACGAAUCAGAUCUCUUGGAGAAUGCCCAUCGCAAUUCAAUCCAUCUUCGCAUUUAUAUCAGGAACAGGAAUUUCCUUUUGUCCUGAUACGCCUCGUUGGUACUAUGCUCGCUCGCGUAUCGAAGAAGGCGAUCAGACACUCGCCCGACUGCACGGUGUAUACUUCCCCAACACCACCAGCCCAACCCCAGGUUCAGACUCCACAGCCAUGCAGACCCUCAAAGAAAGCAUAAUAACCAGCAUCCGCCUCGAAGCCGAACAAGAAAACAAACUCAGCUGGACCAGCCUAAUCUGGGACACUACGCCCCUCCGCGUCGGACGCCGCGUGCGCAUCUCCUUCAUGAUCCUCUCCAUCCAGCAGAUGAUGGGCAUCGACAUAAUCGUGUACUACAUGACGCUUAUCUUCCUGCAGGUGGGGCUAUCGAGUUUCUUUGCCUCGCUGCUGGCGGCGGUCGCGCUGACGAUUCAAUUCGGGGGAUCGUUGUGUUGUAUUCCCACGAUUGAGCGGGUGGGGAGACGGAAGAUGAUGCUGUACUCUGCGGCUGCGCAGUCUGUUUGCAUGCUUGCUUUUGUCCUGCUGAAUGGGGUGGGCAGGUCGACGAGCGCGACGCAGUGGGCGGCGGCGAUUAUCAUGUUUCCGUAUCUGUUCAUGUAUGGGUGGGGGUGGGUUACUUGUCCUUGGUUAUAUGGGCCUGAGAUUGCCCCCCUUAAAUACCGACACAUCGGCGCAGCAGCAGGUCUAUUCGGAAUGUGGCUCUUCACUUUCCUCACUGUCUUUGCGGGAGGAAUUGGAAUCCAGACUGCGGGGUGGAAAAUUUGGAUCUGGCCGUUGAUUUUCAAUGUGCUUGGUUUUCUGUUUGUGUAUUUCAUGUGUCCGGAUCCUACUGGGAAAACAUUGGAAGAAGUGGAUGCGUUGUUCGCGAGAGAUGGACAUGUCGAGGGGAGAUUGGAGCAGAAGUCGAGCGUGGAGGAGAUUGAGGAUGUGUGA